AUGUUAUCUACGGAGUUGACCGAGGCUCAGGUCUCAGCACUUAGAGCCAACAAGGAUCGUCUCGCCAAGGAUCUGCACCAUAGCUGUCAGUGGGGAUCGGGGAUCCGAUGGGGAGAUGGUCCCACGGAUACGGGAAUGCAGCGCCUGGCAUUGUCACAAGAGGACAAACAAGUAAGAGAUUGGUUCAUCGAAACGACAAAAGCGCUCAGAUGCCAUGUCACCAUAGACGAGAUGGGCAACAUCUUCGCAGUGCGUCCUGGCCGCAGGGCCGAUGUGCCUCCUAUCUUUAUUGGUAGCCAUCUGGACACUCAACCGACGGGCGGUCGAUACGAUGGCAUCCUGGGCGUCCUCUCCGGUAUCGAAGCGCUGAAGACCAUGGACGACAUGGAUAUCGAAACAGAGGGUGGCGUAGGCGUGGUCAAUUGGACAAAUGAAGAAGGCGCGCGUUUCCCUAUCAGUAUGAUCUCCUCUGGAGUAUGGGCCGAAUGCAUCCCCUUAUCGCAAGCCCACGAGCUCAAGGAAGUGCCCACAGUCGCAUCCCUACCUACAGCGUCUUCGGCUCCGGAGUCUAUGAAAUCAGCACUUGAGAAAAUCAGUUACCUCGGAAGCGUACCAUGUUCGUACAAACAGACACCGAUGGCUGCGCACUUCGAGUUACAUAUCGAACAAGGACCUCACCUCGAGACUGCAGGUCAGCACGUCGGUGUAGUCACGGCCGUUCAAGCAUACCGCUGGUUCCGGCUGACGAUCGUCGGUCGAGACACCCACACAGGGACCACUGCUUUUGAGCACCGUGCGGAUGCUUUGUAUGCUUUCGCUCAGAUGAUGGUUCGGGCACGCGAGGUUGCCUCCUCUCACGGAUGCUUGGCGAGCGUUGGCAUCGUGGAAGCCAAGCCUGGCAGCGUGAAUACCGUUCCUGGUGUCGUCAGUUUCAGUCUGGAUAUUCGCGGCCCAGAGGAUGAAUUGGUCAACGUCGUGGAGAAGCAACUGAGAAAGGACUUUGACGCAAUUGCAGCGGAAGAGGGGAAAUGUAUUGGAAAACCAUGUCGCGUGGAAUGGACCCUGGACUUUGAUUCGCCAGUGGUGAAAUUCCACCCGGACUGCAUCGACUGCGUUCAACAGUCUGCAGAGGCAGUCGUUGCGGAUUUCAGUCCUGCGGAGCCCAAGUCUCUGACAAGAACGAUCAUGAGCGGCGCAGGGCAUGACAGUGUCUUUACCUCGAAGAGGGUUCCGACCAGCAUGAUCUUCGUGCCAUGCAAGGAUGGGCUGAGCCACCAUCCUGAGGAGUUCUGCUCGGCAGAAGACUGUGCAACCGGCGCAUCAGUCAUCUUGCAGGCCGUAAUUCGUUAUGACCGUAAGAGAUUCUUAAGCUAG